AUAUUUUCAAAAUUAUUUAUUUCAUUUUUUAUACUAGUACUAUAUUACUUAUGCUUUGAAAUAUAUAAACACAUGACAGGAAUUCAUUGCUCCAUGAUGUCCUUCCAUUUUAAUUUCAUAUCUCCCUCGAACACCUCUUUACAUCAUCCAUGCAGUGCUCUCUUUCUCAAGUGCGUGGCCUAAUAAAUAUCACCUUGUGUGUCCCUCCGUCACUCACAUACACACACACACACACACACACACACACAAGUUACAACCCUCACACACGUCAGCCACGGUACGUGUUUACCCUCCAAGCAUGAGAGAGAGAGAUAGAGAGAAUGAAUUCUUGUAGCCUGCACGCACCAGCGCUCAUCUCUCUCCCUCUCUCUAUCUCUGUCUGAUCUCUCAUUCCUCCUCCUAAACACGACCCAACGAGGAGCCUUUUAACGAUCACUGCAUGUCAGUGUUACCUCUCUAACGGGAAUUAGCAUGUUUCGUUAUAUAGUGGAUUUGCCCGAUGGAGGGAAGCCUACACCGAAGAGAAAAUUCAGAAGCACCGAGCCCGAGAAUUAUGAGGUGAAGGUCGACAAAGAGGAACUCAAGCAGAAACUAACUCCAUUGCAAUACUCGUGUACGCAAGAGAAAGGCACGGAGAGGGCGUUCGCUGGUGAAUAUACUGAUCUGAAAGAUGAUGGAAACUUCUACUGUGUUGUCUGUGACAACAUACUUUUCAAGUCCGGGGAUAAAUUUGAUUCAGGGUCAGGUUGGCCUUCAUUCUCUGACAUGGCAGGCCAAGGCACUGUGAAAAGUAAAGAAGAUUACAGCCAUGGAAUGCUGAGAACAGAGGUUGUCUGUGCUAAGUGUGGUGCCCAUUUAGGCCAUGUUUUCAAUGAUGGUCCUAAGACGACCGGCCUUCGAUACUGUAUCAACUCAGCCUGCCUCAACUUCAAGGGGGAAGCCAAACCAGGUUUAUGAGGCAGCAUUACCAAAGUCAGAACAAAAUUACAUAAUAUCUCGUAUCAAUUUUUAUACUUCUCCAGUAUAUAUUUUUGUAGGUUCAUUUUCAUGCAUGGAGAAGUAGGAUGGUCAUGGUUACAGUACAUGUCUGUAAAGCACAAAAUUUUCUUUAGAGACUAUAGCCUUUCGUGGAGAUAUCUGUUUCUGUAACUCUGAAAGUAAUGCAGAAAGCCACAGACAUGGCAUUAUUUAAACACAAUGAUACUGGCAGACUUUGCAAUGUUGCCUUUUCUUACCACAUUUUUUCACUAUUUUUGCCAAAAUUUUGAGAGGAAAUCAUGUUCAUACUGACAUCCAAGGCAUUUUUUCUUCUUCAGUAGUUGAACAAAACCAAUUGUGAAAAAAUAUUGAAUCAGAUAAAUACAAGUUUACUGCAGCAAAAUUAAGUGGAUAUCACAGCUAUGAUUUUUAUGUCUGCUAGAGGUGCAAUCUGUCUAAUCACUGUAUUGAUUAUUGUGCAAACUGUAAACUGGAUUCAGCAAAAUUUUGCUCAGUAUUACAACCUUCUGAACAAAUUGUUAUCAAUAUGUAUUGCAAUCAUUUAAGAUUUUCCGACAUGUAUCACCUAUGACUUGGGACAUAAAUCAAUCGUUGAUUCAUAUUUUUUUUUGUUACCUAUCACAUACGUUAAAACAAAUUAUAUUGUAUGUAGGAGCUUCACUAUUUAGUUUUCUUGCUAUGUUGAUCAAUUAAAUCUUUAUUUUACUUUAUAUAACAGAGAAUAAAUAUAUUUAUAACUUAAAGUUUGUAAGCUAUCAUUUAGAGAAGAAAUGUUAACCAAAGUUGUAUAUUGAAAAUAUAUGUCGUCAGCAUUAAGAAUGGAUGAGCAAUUUAUGCGAGAUGAUUGAUUAAGAUUAUAAUUCUAAAGGUGAAGGAACAUUUUCAAAUAACUGUCUUAUGCAGUGAAUAUGUUAUAAAUAUAGUGAUGGAAGCAAUGACAUUAGAAGAUGAAUUUGAAAAAACGAAAUGGAUGCGUACUAAUUAUGCCUCCACUUCUAAAAAUGAUAAAAUAACAUGAAGACACUUUGUAUUGUUUCAUUUAGCUUAUUCUUUACAGAUUUCUUUGAUUUUUAAAGCUUAUAAACCUUUUACUUGGUUUAUGGUGUACAAAGGUUUGGACUCGAGAGAGAAAGGUGAUACUGGGUUUGUUAUGAGAUAAAUAAGUUGUUAUUCCUUUUCCCCCUAACGAUUCAGACAAUUUAUUUGUGUUUAUGGUUUAUAACACUUUACUAUUAUUGUGAAGACAUGAUAUUUAAAAGGAACAAGAAGUCAGAAUAAGCCUCUCCCAGUCGAUAUGAAACAAUCUUACUAUAAGCUUGCAACAUGAAAGAAAUUUGAUGUAACAAUCAUUCAAGUGAUGCAACAAGCUUUAAGGAUGAUCAAAAGUAAAUCUUGAGUAAUGAUUUGGCUAAUGAGGUUUGAUGCUAUCUGUUGCUCAAAAAGUGAUGUAUAUGAUGAUAUAUAAAUUGAGGAUUAAUAUAUUAAAACUUAGUUUGCUAUUAAGAACUUUUAUAAUGUACCAACAUUUAACUUCCUCAAAUUUACCUUUUUUUAAAAAUAUACCUUGAUAUUGAAAUUCUCAUAUCAUUUUUUUGAGAUCCAUCUCAUAAGAGCUUUAUGAUUUCUCUAUUUUUCUCCAAUAUCUGAAUGAAUAGCAUUUUGUUAGCCUGUUAUUUGGGUAAGAAAUGAGAUAAUCAGUACAUCUGGUAAUUUGGCAUACCGGUAUGCUUUUCAGUUGUUAUUGUUCAAAGGAAGAGGUUAAUACUGUUAAAUUGAUCUCUUAUAAUGCCACGUGCUACACGUAGCUUUGCAAUGUGUCUUUUCAUGGUUAUAUCAAAGUUAUAAAUUAGUUUACUAAGGUUUACUUGCUACAUGAGUGUGAGUGUGUAUGAUUGAGAGAGUGAGAUCCUUGUCGAAAGAUUUAAUAUAGUGUAUAUACACAUUUUGUCUUGAAAAUAAAGUAACAUUUUGGAGUAAAAA